GGUGAGCGUGCAGACAGUGCCAAGCGUAGUGUAGUUUUUAAUGUCAACUCAGCGUUGACAACCCAGGAUUUACGUUUUCCUGUUGGUUUAGGGACAGAGCUAGAAACCUUAAGGAGAGGAGACAAGAUUCUGGCUCCUGAAGCACAGGUCCAGGGAUGGACAGACCCCAGGGACUCGCAAUCUAAAGCAGAUUGCCCUGUCGGGAAGAACCUCCUUCGGAAGACCUGAAGCAACAGUCCUGGGGAGAGCUGAUGGCUCAUGACCAGCCUCUGCUAGUUGUGCAGGAGGCCCUGAAGAAGUGCUUCCCUGUGGUGGAGGAACAGCAGGACCUGUGGCAGAGUACUCUGCAGGACUGCUCACCCCUCCUGUCCUCUCUCAGCAAUCUGGCUGAGCAGCUGCAAGCAGCACAGAGUCUGCGGUUUGAGGAUGUGCCAGCCCUUUGUCCUUUUCCAGACUUACAGGAGCGGUUGAGGCGCAAGCAACUGGAGGCUGGUGACAUUGUUCUGGACAAGCUAGCUGAGAGGCUAGCCACCCUCCUCGAGGUUCGGAACACCAUCAGCAGGCAUGUGGAGCGGGUGUUUCAGGCCUAUGAGCAGCAUGCGGCUGUGCUUGACAUUGAGACCAUCCUAAGGCCCUCAGCUGUGAGCCCCUCCGUGGUUGACAUGUUGGAGUGGCUCCAAGAUAUUGACAGACAUUAUCGAAGCUCGUACCUGAAGAGAAAAUACCUUCUCUCCUCUAUCCACUGGGGAGACUUGGCCAGCAUCCAAGCACUGCCCAAGGCCUGGGACCAAAUUUCAGAAGAUGAGUGCCAGACGCUUGUGUCAGAUAUCCUGGUGAGUGUCUCCUUCUUCCUGGAGGAGCCAGGAGGCUGUGCAGUGUCUGGAGAUCUGGAGCACCGCAGUUGAGGGCUGCCAUUGCUACCCUAGGCUAUUUCUAAUGAGGGUCAGUGUUGCUACCUGAAAUACCAAUGCCUACGGUAGAGGCCCUUGACUUCUCCAUGCUAGGCCAUGGUCAAGGGUCCAUGGCCGCCACACCUGUGGCUCUGAGAAGAGGAUAGAGGCGGAGGAGACAGGAAAACCAGCGCUGAUAAACAGUGUCCACCAGGACAGGAAAGGGCAGAAGGCUAAAUUGUGUGGCACUACUUACUGCCUAUGUCAUCUGAACCACCUUCUCUGGUUGGCCCAAGUCCUGGUUCUGUGUGUGUCAGUAUCUUCGUCCUUAAUGGCUUAAAGAUACGAGUGGGUCUGAGUCCAGGGCGAGAGCAGUGUGUGUGAGGGGGGAGUUAGGGUAGGGGGGCCGGCAGAGUCAAUCCCCCUGCAAACCCCAAAAAAGGGAGGGACUGAAGGAAAAGGAACAUGUAAAAUGUUUACCCCUUCACAGAUACUCAUCAACCCAAGUUUCAUUUCCAAUGUCAGCCACCAGAGGGCGAUGGUGCAGCAUGAGCGAUUCUGAAUGCCUUGUUCUUGAGGGCGGUACCCUGUUGCUGUUAAAAGUGACUGAGGUGCUGGGCAGUGGUGGCUCAUGCCUUUAAUCCCAGCACUUGGGAGGCAGAGAUAGGCGGAUUUCUGAG